AUGCAGACGGAAUAUAUAACUCCACAGCAUUAUUCAUCGAAUAAAUGUGAUCAAUUUAAUGAUUCAACUGAAAAUUGUCCGAUUCCCGAUAAAACACUAAAUUACGCAGAUUCAAUAAAUUUCACUAAAUCAUUUAAUUUUUAUCCAAUGGAUUCAAUGAAUAUGUACCCAUUAAAUGAACAUAAUCAUUAUGCUUUCGGCUCUCGAUCGGACUUAAUUAAACCUUCAGAGAAUUUAAUUACUAAUAUUCAUAAUUUUAAUCAUACCACUGAGGCAGGUCAGUACUUUCACACAAACUACCCAGCAAGAUUAGUCAAUACUACUAAUAUUACUACUAGUAUUUCUUCUGCUGUUACGACCGAUAUCACUGUUAAUGUUACUGCUACUACGACAAACAGUCAUAGUAACAAUGUUAGCCUUAAUCAUAACGGUAUUUUACCAGUUUAUUCCAAUCAGUUUAAUAAUAAAUAUGUAGAUGAUCAAACAAUUACAAAUUAUCAUACAAAUCAAAUGAAUCGAGAACACUGUGAAAAUGAAUUUCUGAUGUCAUUACAAUUUCAUCAUACGCACCCUGUAUCACAAUAUUAUUCACAUAGUUCCACUAUCCCCACCGCCCCGGGACCUCAACAACAUCAACACCAACAGCAGAAACAACAGCAACUUCUUCAUUCACAACUACAUCCAGCUCAACAAUCACAGAACACCAACAAUUAUACGCAUACUGCAGCGACUACAUCUCCAAGAAUGAAAGAGAAAUCAAAAAAUGCUGCUCGUACACGACGUGAAAAAGAAAAUACAGAGUUUUAUGAAUUAGCUAGACUUUUACCACUUCCCAGUGCAAUUACAUCACAACUGGACAAAGCAUCUAUUAUACGUUUAACAACAAGUUAUUUAAAAAUCAGAACUAUAUUUCCAAACGGUUUUGGCGAUAACUGGAACUAUUCUCAUACACUAUCUAACCACGUAAUAGAGAGAGAGUUGGCUCCAAACAUAUUUAAAUCAAUGGAUGGUUUCAUCUUCAUUGUUUCGCUAGAAGGGAGAAUUUUGUACAUAUCGGAAACAGCUUCUGUUCUACUGGGUUUGUCUCAGGUUGAAAUGACCGGAAAUGAAAUGACUGAAUAUUUGCAUCCAUUGGAUCAUGAUGAACUGAAACAGAUACUUACUGUGCACCCAUCAGAAAUAGCUGCUAAUUCUGGUCAGUCAGAGUUCACACUUGAACGCAGCUUUUUCUUACGUGUAAAGUGUGUCUUAGCCAAAAGGAAUGCUGGAUUAACUACAGCUGGUUUUAAAGUAAUACACUGUAAUGGACAUUUACGUGUUCGUGUUAUUCACCUAGAUGGAUAUCAGUACUACCAAAAUUUAGGCUUAAUAUCAUUCGCCUAUGCAAUUCCUUCACCGAAUACAAAUAAUACAGAAAUACGCUUAAGUAUGGAUAUGUUCAUGUUCCGUGCCAGUUUAGAUUUAAAAUUAAUCUUUUUGGAAGGCAGAAUUUCUCAAAUAACCGGCUUUCAACCACAAGAAUUGGUGGAUAAAACACUUUAUCAGUUGGUACACACAGCAGAUGUUGGAUCCUUAAAACACUCUCAUGAAAUACUUUUAAAUAAAGGUCAAGUUACAACACCAUAUUAUCGUCUGCUGAAUAAAUCUGGAGGUUGGGUGUGGAUACAAUCGUAUGCAACCAUAAUUCACAACAGUAGAUCCUCAAGACCAAACUGUAUUGUCAGCGUGAAUUAUCUUCUUUCUGAAAUUGAAUGUCGCGAAUAUUGUCUAUUAAAUGAUCCUCUAGUAUAUGAAGAUAUCGUUAAUCAGCACCAACAAACAAAAACGAAUCAUUUGCUGACUACUACACCACCACCUCCAUCGUCACAAUUACCAAACAAAACUAACGUUAAUUAUGUCAACAAUUCAAAACAUAAAAUGAGUGAAUACUUUCACAAUGAGUAUGCAAUGAGAAUUCCCUAUAGAGAACAUGAUGAUCUUGCACAUAAACGUAUACGUCGAUGUAAUACUGACAGCAAUCACCAUCAAGAGGUUAUUGGUAUUAGUGCAGUUACUAAUGAUGGUAAUAUUCAUGAUACUAAACAAAAUUCCUUGUUGAAAUCUGAUAUUGUGUCAACUCAUUCAACAAAUGUCAUAGAACGUUAUUUUGAUAGUCAAAAUCAACAGAGUUUGAAGUCUACGCUUUCUACAGAUGCGUCUCAACCUUCGUACGACUUAUGGGCAACUGAACUGCACAAACAACAAGAAUAUUCAGACCAGAAACAUGCUACAGUUUAUCCGGAGAAAAUAAGUAAACUAUUAAAUUGUACAAGUUCCGACUAUUCAGUGUACAGUGAAUGCUCCAAGGAGAAUGACAAUCAUCAGUCACUUCUACAAUGGUGUCAUAUGAAUUUUGAUUCAGACAAUCGCUCACAUUAUCAAAAUCGUCAUGACCGCCAAAAUGAAUCACAUUUGUUAUUUAACAAUUUUGCAAUUACUCCCGGAGAUAGACCAGAAGCAGGGAUAGUACCAUUGCCCACACACUCGGAAAUGACAACAAAAUUAGAUGAUGUAAAUUUUCCCCGUGAAAAGUUAAAUAUGACUCAACAAAAUAAUCAUGACAUAAAAACAGAGUCUAUGACAAACUUCAGCGAAACAAGUGAGACAGUAUUUCGGAAUGACAAAGUUCCAAUGGUAAAUGAUUUAGGGCAAUCGGAUCAUCAAAAAGAUGUAAUGGUUGUAGUAGAGGAAGAAGAAGACGUUGAUGGAGAAGAAGAAGAAGAAGAAGAGGAGGAGGAAGAAGAAGAAUAUAAUGAUGAUGAAGAUGAUGAAAAUGAGGGUGAACAAGAAGACAACGAUUGAGAAGUUAUCCAUCACAAUUUUUUUUUUCAGUUAACUGUAGCAGACUAGUUAUUUGUUUAGCAUCUUUUAUCCCAUAUGCACAGUUUAUGUCAGAGUGACAGUAAUCCUAUUAUGAUAAGUGUCACAAACAGUUCAUGUUUCAGAAAAUAACAACUGAUUUCCUGUCAUCUAUAAACAAAUACUGACUUCGUAAUGAUGUACUAAUUCUACUAUUCUUUCAAAAGAAGACCGCUACUGCGCCAAAUAUCCUACCAUAUCCUAAC